AUGUGGCCAUCGAUCCUCUCACAGUCAAAGGCUGCUGGCAUCGACUUGAUCGAGACAUACAUCUUCUGGAACCUGCACGAGCCCACACCAGGCCAAUACUACUUUGAAGGCAAUGCCAACAUCACAGCAUUCCUCGACGAGUGCCAACGCCAAGGACUCUACGUCAACCUGCGCAUUGGACCAUACGUGUGUGCCGAGUGGAACUAUGGAGGCUUCCCAACAUGGCUUCGUAACGUGCCAGGCAUUGUGUUCCGUGACUACAACGAGCCGUUCAUGAACUACAUGUCGGCCUGGAUGACCUUUGUCGUCACCUAUCUCAAGCCUUACUUUGCCUCGAAUGGUGGCCCCAUCAUCAUGGCACAGGUCGAGAACGAGUACGGCUGGCUCGAGAAUGAGUACGGCGCUAGUGGAAAGCAAUAUGCUGAGUGGGCUGCCAACUUUGCCAACUCGCUCGACAUUGGCGUGCCCUGGAUCAUGUGCUCGCAAGACGACAUUGGCAACGUGAUCAACACAUGCAACGGCUUCUACUGCCACGACUGGAUCGCCAAUCACUGGCAGACAUGGUACAAUCAACCCGCCUUCUGGACUGAGAACUGGCCAGGUUGGUUCCAGAACUGGGGCACCGGUGUCCCACAUCGCCCUGUCCAAGACGUCCUUUACUCAGCCGCCAGAUGGUUCGCCUACGGUGGCUCACACAUGAACUACUACAUGUGGCACGGAGGCACGACCUUUGGACGUUGGACUGGAGGCCCAUUCAUUGUCACAUCCUACGACUAUGACGUCGCUCUCGACGAGUAUGGAUACCCAUACGAACCAAAGUACUCACUGAGCAGCAUGUUCCACAACGUCAUUCAUGAGUACCAACACAUCAUCCUCGGACAGAACCCACCUGCACCAAUCUCAUUGGGAACCAAUGUCGAGAUCUCAUACUACGCCACCACCUCAGAGUCGUUCUCAUUCCUUACCAACUCUGACUCGUCCAAUGUCAAGAAUGUCACAUGGGGCGGAAACUCAUACAUCGUACAGCCAUGGUCUGUCCAGCUGCUCUACAACAACAUCACUGUGUUUGAUACCUCUGUGAUCCCAAGUGCCAUCAAGCCAUCAAGAAAGUCGUUCGUUGGUGCUGGCGAGUGGUCAGACGUCUCAAUCAGCUCGUGGACCGAGCCACUCACCUUCAACACGUUCACCAACGUCUCUACCGCACCACUGGAGCAGAUCAACGUCACCAAGGACACCACCGACUACUUGUGGUACAUCACAAAGAUCAACGUCGAUGAGGUUGGAGCCACUGUCAAGUUCACCAACAUCAACGAUAUGUACCACAUGUUUGUCGAUGGCAUAUUCGUCGGCACAGGCUUUGGCGGAGGCUCGUCCAUGACCUUGAACGAGUCGAUCCCCGUCGGCUCUCACCAACUUCAGAUCCUCUGUAUGACCGUCGGAUUGGAGAACUAUGGUGCACACAUGGAGCAAUACGUCGUCGGUCUCCUCGGAAGUGUGACCCUCAACGGUGUAGACAUCACCAACAAUGGAUGGUAUAUGCGUGCUGCGCUUGAGGGAGAGAUCCUCGAGCUGUUCAACCCAGCCAACUCUGGCUCCGUCACCUGGGACUCGUUGCCCGCAGCCGGCGGCUCACUCCCACCACUCACCUGGUACAAGUUCAACUUCAACCUGCAGCUCACCAACACAUCUUCGUUUGCUCUGUACAUGGAUGGUAUGACCAAGGGCAUGAUCUACGCCAAUGGUAACCACUGCGGCAGAUACUGGUUGGUCGAGGCACAGGGAUGCACUGGCUGCAACUACCAGGGUGGAUACACAGACACCGACUGUCGUGGAGGAUGUGGUCAACCCAGCCAGGUAUACUAUCACAUCCCCAAUGAUUGGUUGAACAAUGGUUCGAACGAGAUCCUCGUCCUCGAGGAGGUCGGUGGAAACCCAUUGGACAUUCAAUUGGUCCAGAGGUCAACUCCAUACAACUAUGAGUAG